CUAAGAGUAUACAAUUGCAGAUAUAUGGUGGAUGUUGAAUGAAUCUGUCCUCUCGACUUGCAAGAUCGAAAUCUCUGCAAAGCCAGAUCAUUAUCAAAUGCAUUUGUCCGAGAAGCUUUGUUUUUUUCAAAAGAACUGUUGGAAUUUUGCUCAAUUGGAGGUGGGAUACACGUCCCUCAGUCCCUCCGCCCCCCUCGAUUGUGUCGCUAUUGACUAGCGUCAGCAGCAUAAUUUCAUUGAAGAACUUUUAUAAAACAUUCAACUACAACUCUACAUUUGGGGCUCGAUUUUUUAUUAGUUUUCAGCUGCUAAUGUAUAUGAAGAAUUUUUUAACAGAUCUCUUGUUAAAAGAAGUUUUGGGAUAGUUAGCUUUUAUUAACUGUAAUUUUAUUCUUAAAUAAAUGUCUUUUGUGCCAGUUUUUUCUGUACAUUCUUUAUCUUGUGAUAAAUACUUAGAAUCUUAUGUUAUAUUUAACAUAAAUUGUUUUAUGUUGAAAAAGAUACAAGAACUACAUUAUGCAGCACCCUAAUUUUGUUCACCUCUCUAAAAAACAACGUGUCGGUAUUGGCCCAGUUUAGUUCAGUUAAUUAAUUUAUUUUAAAAUUCAACACAACAUAAAAUUUUAGCUCCAUUGAUAAACUUGAUCUAACUAUGCUUACAAAAAUUAAAGAUAUAUGUGAAUAAAGAAUAAUAACAUAACAAAAUGAUAAAAACUGUAUGGCUGGCUGAGUUUCUCAAGGAGGAACUCUCUCAAUAAUUUAACUAAUCAACAUGAGAUUCCCUUCUGUUCGGUUCAUUUAGAUUAAUGGGCAAAUUUUAAAAGGAACAAAAUUUUUAAGACUAUCAGAGUUCAAAAUUUAAAGAAUUAGAGGCUGUUGGUAAGUUUGAAGUCAGUAAGACACUUAGGCUUGCUUCAUUGAUAAAGAAAAGUCAAUUCAGGUUUGUUACUGGUAAGGAGCUUAAAACGGAUUGGCGCGAAAAUUGUCGAUGACGUGAUCAUUUUUAUUUAUGAGCUGAGAAAUUUGAAAUUAAUAAAAGAUUGGCGGAAUCACAAGGUUUUUUACAGCUUAAACUCAAUGAUGACAGAGUUAGAUGUGACAAUGUCAGCAGAAAAUCAGGAAAAGGGCUUUGAAAUGCUUCCUCCUUCACAAAAAAUGUCACCAGAAAGAGAGGAUACUGCACUGAAUCAGAGCAGUGCCUAUCAAGAGGAAGCUGAGAUACGAAAUGCAAAUGACAAGGGAAUUCACAGAGACGUUUGUUACUCAUAUGCUGAUGACGAGUGCCAGUCGCUGAAUCAAGUUCUCCAAGAGUCACUUCCUGAGAUCAAAUUAUCUUUCGAAAAAUGGGGAGAAACGUUCAAAGACUGUGAAAAUGUCGAAAACCUUUAUCCAACAAGGCUAGAUGAAAUAAUAAAGGAUGCACAAUCCUUAGAACAGCAGUUGAACUUGCAGAAAGAGGCAUUAAAAGACAGGCUUCGAAUGCUCACCCAGACACUUGCUUCAGUACAAUCAGAUAUCAAAUAAAAUUUAUCAUUACAUUUAAUCAUUAAAUAAAUUCUAAAACACUAUUUUCACUUUUACGUUUAAAAUCUUCUUUGAUGAGUAUGCACUCGACUACUCAAUUCUAUGUAUAACACAGAUGCAGAAGAUAAACAGAUUGCAGUUUAUAAUUUGACUAUGAUUUUCAAUGUGAAGUUGAUAAUUUGUCAAUAACAAUAACAUUUUUUGCAGAAUCAAACAAAAAGGCAUUUUCUUACUCGCGACAGAAAUUGAAAUGCAACUUGUAAGGCAAAAAUACUCCCUUAGAUAGACAUCAGUAGCUACGUAACUC